CAUACAUCUCCAUGUAAAUAAUGACAACUACUUGUGCAUUCCAGUUCAAUCUGAAUAGUCAUGCUGAAUAGUUAUGUUCAAGCUUGUAAUUCCAAAGAUAACGUCUUCCUUCUGUUUUAGGCUUGGACUUGAGAGAGCGGACACAGCUGAAAAGGCUCUUACUGUCAUAGUUGAUUUGCUAGAAAAAUACGGCCAGGGAGGAAACUGCAUGGAGAGCCACAUGGCCUUUACGUACCAUAACAGCUUUCUGAUAGCUGACAGAAAGGAAGCGUGGGUGCUGGAGACAUCAGGAAAACACUGGGCAGCAGAAAAAGUAGAAGGAGGUGUGCGGAAUAUUUCCAACCAGCUCUCUAUCACAACCAAGAUUGACAGAGAACAUCCGGAGAUGAAGGAAUAUGCCAAAAGCAAGGGCUGGUGGGAUGGGGAAAAGGAAUUUGAUUUUGCUGCCACGUAUUCUUAUGUAAAUACUGCUAGAAUGACUACAUCCAGAAGCCGCUAUUGUGAAGGCUACAAACUUCUGAACAAACAUAAAGGUAUCAUUUUUUGUAUUUUUUUAAGACUGUAUGGUGAGCUACAUUAAUUUAAAUCAUAAACGAGUAAACCUCUGAUGU